UUUUUUUUUUUUUUACCGUCUUCAUCGACCACAAGCACGGAACUUCAACGUACAUCUCAGCGAAAAGGGGGUUUGCCUCCCCCCCUCCCCCAAGGAAUAGAGGAAAUUACAGUCCCCGAAGCUCCACUUGAACUGGGUCGUUACGGGCUGCUCUCCCAAACUGGGAGAUAGCUAGCCAGCUAACGCAAGAUAGCGUUAGCUCUCUGUAGCUGUAAUCUCACAAAUUGCUGUUCUUAUAAAAGGGGGAACGUGUGGACGCGGCGGGUGGACUUUGACAACAGUUUCAUCAAAGGAGCUCAACUAACACAAGUUUCACCACGUUAUUCGAGGCGGUGUGGGGGAAGUCUACAUUCUAGACUUCAGGAUGGCAGGACGCAAUGAGAAUGAAAGUGUCAGCAACAGCAGUGGAGAAUCAAGCAAUUCUGAUGAUGAAUCUGGUUCUGGAUCAGCAUCUGGAUCUGGCUCAGGUUCCAGUUCAAGCUCCUCUAGCAGUAGCAGUCAGUCCGGAAGCAGCGACUCAGGAAGUGGCUCAGACUCUGGCAGCCAGUCAGAUUCAGAAAACGAGAAAUCCAAGGAAAAGAUUGACCCUCCAAAUAAGUCAAACAUUGAUGGCGCUGAGUUUUGGAAGUCCAACCCAAGUAUCCUAGCAGUCCAACGAUCUGCUAUGCUCAGGAAACAGCAGCAGCAGCAGCAGCAGCAGCAGCAGAGACAAAGCUCCUCAAACAGUGGAUCUGAUGAGGACUCAUCAAGUAGCGAUGAAUCCGACUCAUCAAGCGGAUCCAAAAGGAGAAGAAAUUCUGGCUCCUCUGACUCUGGAUCAGGUUCUGGAUCAGGAAGUGGAUCUGGAUCAGACUCAUCUGCUGAGAACAACAGUGAUGAAACUGCUUCAGAUUAUGAGCCCAGUCAACCAACCAAAAGCAGAAAGCCUCCAACUAAGAUGAAUUUUCGAAAUGGCAAGAAGAGCAGCUCCCAGAAAAAGAAAGCCCAGAAAUGUUCAUCUUCUGAGGACGAGGAAGAGAACUAUAAGAAGGCUGUCGCCGCUGGUCCACGGCGGCAGGCAACAGUCAACAUCAGCUACAAGGAAGAUGAGGAGCUGAAAACUGAUUCAGAUGACCUUGUGGAAGUUCUUGGUGAAGAUGUCCCUCAACCUGAGGAAGAUGAGUUUGAAACACUGGAGAGAGUGAUGGAUAGCAGAAUUGGAAGGAAAAGGGCUGUGGGAAGUGUGACUACGGUAUAUGCUGUAGAAGCAGAUGGAGACCCAAAUGCAUACUUUAAUUCUAAUAAGGAGGCAGGGGAUAUCCAGUACCUAAUAAAGUGGAAAAACUGGGCCCACAUUCACAACACUUGGGAAACAGAAGAGACCCUGAAGUUGCAGAAUGUCAGGGGUAUGAAGAAACUGGACAAUUUUAAGAAGAAGGAUCAGGAGAAAAAGAAAUGGUUAAAGGCAGCCUCACCUGAGGAUAUUGAGUAUUUCAAUUGCCAGGAAGAACUCAUAGAUGACCUGCACUCUCAGUACCAGCUUGUGGAGAGGAUCAUAGGUCAUUCUAACCAAAAGUCAGCUGCUGGUUACCCGGACUACCUGUGCAAGUGGCAGGGAUUGUCGUACUCUGAAUGUAGCUGGGAAGAUGGAGCUCUGAUUGCCAAGAAGUUCCAAAAAUGUAUUGAUGAUUACAUGAGCAGAAACCAAUCAAAGACCAUUCCAUCCAGAGAUUGCAAGGUGCUGAAACAGAGACCAAGGUUUGCUCCAAUGAAAAAGCAGCCCCAUUACAUAGGAGGUGAUGGACUAGAGCUCAGAGACUAUCAGCUGGACAGUUUGAACUGGAUGGCCCACUCGUGGUGCAAAGGCAACAGCUGCAUCCUUGCUGAUGAGAUGGGUUUAGGGAAGACCAUCCAAACCAUCUCUUUCCUCAACUAUUUGUUUAAUGAGCACCAGCUUUAUGGCCCCUUCUUGCUGGUUGUGCCCCUCUCUACGUUAACAUCCUGGCAGAGGGAAAUCCAGCUGUGGGCCCCUCAGAUGAAUGUUGUUGUCUACCUGGGAGACAUAAGCAGUAGGAAUAUGAUCAGGACACACGAGUGGAUGCAUGUUCAUUCCAAGAGGCUGAAAUUCAACAUCCUCCUCACUACAUAUGAAAUUCUUCUCAAGGACAAGUCUUUUUUGGGCAGUGUUAACUGGGCUUUCAUUGGUGUGGAUGAGGCACAUCGACUGAAGAAUGAUGACUCGCUCCUCUACAAGACUAUGAUUGACUUCAAGUCCAAUCACAGGCUCCUCAUCACAGGAACACCGCUGCAAAACUCCCUCAAAGAGCUCUGGUCGUUGCUGCAUUUCAUUAUGCCUGAAAAGUUUCACUCGUGGGAGAUGUUUGAAGAGGACCAUGGGAAAGGACGGGAUUCUGGCUACACCAGUCUGCACAAAGAACUGGAACCUUUUCUUCUACGCAGAGUCAAGAAGGACGUGGAGAAAUCUCUCCCUGCCAAAGUGGAGCAGAUCCUCCGAGUGGAAAUGAGUGCGAUCCAGAAACAAUAUUACAAAUGGAUCCUGACAAGGAACUACAAGGCUUUGAGUAAAGGUACCAAAGGCAGCACAUCGGGUUUCCUAAACAUCAUGAUGGAGUUGAAGAAGUGCUGUAACCACUGUUACCUGAUCAAACCUCCCGAGGACCAUGAAUUCCUUAACAGAGCUGAAGCAUUACAGCAACUUAUCCGCAGCAGUGGGAAGCUGGUUUUAUUGGACAAGUUGCUGGUUCGUCUGAAAGAGCGAGGCCACAGAGUUCUAAUCUUCUCCCAGAUGGUUCGGAUGCUGGAUAUCCUUGCCGAUUACCUGAGAAGCCGACAGUUCCUUUUUCAGAGAUUAGAUGGCUCCAUAAAGGGCGAGAUGAGGAAGCAGGCACUGGAUCAUUUUAAUGCUGAUGGCUCAGAGGAUUUCUGUUUCCUGUUGUCCACACGUGCUGGUGGCCUUGGUAUCAAUCUGGCUUCAGCGGACACGGUCGUCAUCUUUGACUCGGACUGGAACCCCCAAAAUGAUCUUCAAGCCCAGGCCAGAGCCCACAGGAUUGGACAGAAGAGACAAGUAAACAUCUAUCGAUUGGUGACAAAAGGUUCAGUGGAAGAGGAAAUCAUAGAAAGAGCAAAGAAGAAGAUGGUGCUGGAUCACCUUGUCAUUCAAAGGAUGGACACAACAGGAAAAACAGUCCUCCACACUGGCACAGCUCCCUCGAGUUCAGCACCAUUCAACAAGGAAGAGUUGUCCGCAAUCCUGAAAUUUGGUGCUGAGGAGCUUUUCAAAGAGCCAGAGGGCGAAGAGCAGGAGCCCCAGGAAAUGGAUAUUGAUGAGAUUCUCAAAAGAGCUGAGACCAGAGAGAAUGAUCCUGGACCUUCCACGGUGGGAGAAGAACUUCUGUCUCAAUUCAAGGUUGCAAACUUCACCAUGAUGGAGGAAGAGGAAAUGGACUCCGAGCGUAGCCAGCGGAGUUGGGAUGACAUCAUUCCUCAGGAGCAGAGGCGGAGGAUGGAGGAGGAAGAGAGACAGAAGGAGCUCGAGGAAAUCUACAUGCUGCCGCGCAUGAGGAAUUGUGCCAAACAGAUGAGCUUUAAUGUUAAUGAGGGGAGAAGACAGAGCAGGAGCAGGAGAUACUCAGGGUCCGACAGUGACUCCCACUCAGAUCGAAAGAGGCCCAAGAAACGAGGUCGGCCUCGGACCAUUCCACGGGAAAAUAUCAAGGGUUUCAGUGACGCCGAGAUCCGGAGGUUUGUCAAAAGUUACAAGAAAUUUGGGGGACCAUUGGAACGGUUGGAUGCUAUUGCUCGUGAUGCCGAACUUGUGGAUAAGUCUGAACACGACCUGAAACGCUUGGCUGAAACGGUUCACAACGGUUGUGUGAGAACGUUACGAGAGAACCCCUGUGGACCAGAAAAAAGUUCUGGAGGCAGAAGAGGGAAGGUAAAAGGGCCCACCUUCAGGAUCUCUGGUGUUCAAGUCAACGCUAAGCUCGUUAUUUCGCAUGAGGAAGAGCUAGCUCCGCUUCACAAGGCAAUCCCUGCAGAUCCCGAGGAGAGAAAAAGGUAUAUGAUUCCAUGCCACUCGAAGGCAGCGCACUUUGACCUUGAGUGGGGGAAAGAGGAUGACUCCAGCCUGCUAAUAGGAAUCUACGAGUACGGUUACGGCAGCUGGGAGAUGAUCAAAAUGGACCCAGACCUCAAUCUCACACACAAGCUCCUACCAGAUGACCCUGAUAAGAAACCCCAGGCCAAACAGCUACAGACCAGAGCAGACUACCUCAUCAAGCUACUGAGCAAGGACCUUGCCAAAAGAGAAGCUCAGAAACAAGCAGGGACAGCCAGUUCUCGAAAGAGGAAGCCAAGAAGCAAAAAGAGAGAAACUCUGAAGCCAACUCCGAUAGACGAGACGAUUAAGAGCGCAUCGUCAGAUCCUCCAUCGGACAAAAGAACUGAUGAUGAGGAUGAAAUAGAGGAAGAAAAGGAGGAGGUGCCAGUGAAGGCUACGAGCAGACGAAGCAGAACAGACAGAGAGACAGCGAAGGAAGAGAAUCAGGAGGAGGAGGAGGACGACGAGGAAGAGGAGGAGGAGGCUCAACAGGACGAUGGCUCUUCAUCUGGUGAGAGGGAGUAUAAAGAGGAGAUGAAGAAAGAAUGCAAAAAGGAGAAGAAGGAAGACAGUUGGGACAGUAAAGAAACAAAGGAGCCAAAAGAGAAAAAAGAAGUAAAGCCUUUGGAAGCAAUCCAGAAACAAGAGGACAACGUGGACAAGUCUUCUUUCCAACAGACUGAAAGCAAAACCGAGCUCAGAGAACGGACAAAGAAAGCAUCUGAUGUGCCAGUCCAUAUAACAGCAAGUGGAGAGAAUAUUCCAGUGUCUGAGGAGUCUGAAGAAUUAGACCAGAAAACCUUUAGUGUGUGUAAAGAAAGAAUGCGGCCCGUGAAAGCAGCCCUGAAGCAGCUGGACCGGCCGGAGAAGGGACUUUCUGAGCGGGAGCAGCUCGAGCAUACCAGGCAAUGUCUCAUCAAGAUUGGAGACCACAUCACUGAGUGUCUGAAGGAAUAUUCCAAUCCUGACCUCAUCAAGCAGUGGAGAAAAAACCUGUGGAUAUUUGUCUCUAAAUUCACUGAAUUUGAUGCCAGGAAAUUGCACAAAUUAUAUAAGCACGCCAUCAAGAAAAGACAAGAGAACGCUCAGGCAAUGGAGCAGAACACUAGGAGUACAAACACGACGGGUUUUAAACAUGCAGAUAUUGAACGGUUGAGGGACAACUCUCACCAGGACGACAGCAGCAGGGACAGUUAUAGCUCAGACAGGCAUCAGGCCCCGGCUCGUUACCGUGACAGCAGCAAGGAGAGACACAGCUCGGAGCCCCACAAGAAGACGGCGGCAGAUUCCCGAAAAAGGCCCUACUCCUCAUUCAGCAACGGCAAAGACCACAGAGACCACUACCGUCCGGACAGCAGGGAUCGAGACAGACAGGACAGACAUUACAGCGAUGCGAAGCAAAGGAAGCUGGAGGAUUUGCGCUCCAGUAGAGACCACCGGCUGGACCUGAAGGAUCUCUCUCACUCAGACCAGCGUUCGUCUUACCGGUACCACUCGGACUGGCAGGCGGAGCAGAGGGCCUCAGCCAGCGGGCCCCGCUCCCCCCGAGACCAGCGCUCACCUUACGAGUCACGCUCUCCGCUGGGUCACUGCUCUCCUUUUGACUAUUCCUCCGACCACAAGAGCACACCGGAGCAGAUCUGGACCAGCCGUAAGACAUAACAGGAGCUGCCCGGGCCUGCUAGUAGCGGCCACAAACUCGCUAACACAGCCCAUGCCUUACAGGGAAGCUGUAAAAAGCACUGUGCCAUGACUGGAGAUGAACGCUAAGCAGCGCCUCCAACCAGGCACCGAGGGGGGGAGGGGGGGGGGGGAAAAAAGAAAAAAAAAGCAAGAAAUCAUAGCAUAUUUUUGUAUUUAAGAGUUAAAUGCUGCUCGCAGCACACUUUUUGUUAUUUUUAUAAAGAUUCUUUUUUUAACCUCUGGACAGAAUAGACCCUGAGUGCUGCCUCGUACUCCCACCAACCCGUGACACUGGAUCCUGUGUUUUGACUGUUGUUCAUGUCUGUCUGUCUGUCUGUCUGUCUUGAUCAUGUUCCAUGUGAUUAUCUACCUUAUUUAAUUAAGUCAGUUGAACAGUCAGCUGUCAUGUUACUAGCUGAUGUUAAAGUCCAGUCUGGGUUCAGACUCACCGCCUGAUGUGUACCUCAUUUACAUAAUUUCUCAUUUGUUUGUGUGAGAAUUAUUUAAGAACAGAUUUUAGCUGUAAAAAAAAAAAAAAACAACAAAAAAAAAAAACCAACUGCAUUUGCUUUCUACAUUUUGAGCAAUUUCUCCCCUUCCGUAAUGUUGUUGUAAAUUUGUGUAAAAUAUAGUAAAUCGGUGGUCUCUUUCCUCAGGCUUUUUGGAUUGAUUAAAAUUUUACUUUUUCUUCUAAACUCAGGCUUUUUUGUUCUGCAAGUGAGUUUCUGUAUUAUAGUUCUUUCAUGAAAAUGCUUUCAGAAUGUAACUUUUGGUAAAGGGAAAGUUCUGGCUGAGUUUGGUUCUCGUGCGUCUCUUGUUGAAAUCAGUCGAAAAAGACCUGCUUCGAUACUCUCCCACAACUGUUAAUUCUUUUAUUUUUUAUGUAGGCAAUAAUAAUGUCAAUGUUCUAUGCAGCCAAGUAUAUUUGUGGUGAGCCACCCAACUGAAUGAAGUCACUGUUAUGGUUCACACUUGUACAUAACUUCCCUCUAUAUUUCAAGAAUCAAGUUACACUGAGAGUGCAUGGAUUUUUAUGAACUGUUUUUAUAUAGUUGUUUAUGAAGCCAUUAAAAUCAAUCACUGUA